AUGACAAUAGGAUCCCCCUCGAAGAAGGCGGCCGUCCAUCCCCCUCGGCAUCCCAUCGAUGCCUCCGACUUGGGCAGACGGUUCAACCCGUAUGAAAUCCUAGGGGUCUCCAAGACAGCCACGGUUACUGUGGUGAAGAGGGCUUAUAGGAAGAGGGCAUUGAAGUUGCAUCCUGAUAAGAACCCAGGGGAGCAGCAGGCACUUUAUGCGGCUAUGUUCAAUAAUCUCACGCUCAUAUACGAAUCCUUACUGGACCCUCCCACGCGACAAGCGAUUGAUGAUAAGAUGGCCGCAUCAGAGCAAGAGGAGUCUAUGCGGCAGAUGCAGAAUGCCGAACAGAGUCGGCUAAGGGAGGAUCUUCUAGCCAAGUACUACAGGCUUUGCUUUUAUUGCUCCUAG